CUAUCAGUAGCAACUAUGCGGCUGAGCUUGGUGGCGUUAAUAUUUUGCCUCUCGGCGGCCCACGGAGCCCAAAUUUUGGGCCUCUUCGGCGUCUCCGGGAAGAGCCACAACCACUUUUUCACGGCGCUGACCAAGGAGCUAGCGAACCGCGGCCACGACUUGACCAUCGUCACUGCCUUUCCAACCAAGAAAACUUCGGCCAAUUAUAAAGAAAUACCGGUCGAAUUAAUGGAGUUAUUUUCAGCGAAUUUCAACCCUCUAAGCCAGACAGAAGAGGGCACGUUGAGCAGACUUUUUUCCAUGUUAGGAAUGUUCAAGAAACUUUGUCCUACCAUACUGAACUUGCCCCAGAUUAAACCACUGCUGGAAGAAAAAUUUGAUUUGGUGAUCAUUUCAACGUUCUUCAGCCAAUGCUUCCUGCCUUUUGGAUACAUCAACGGUGCCCCAAUGAUCGGCAUAAGUGCAGCAGGAAGUUUGGGAAUGGGAAUGGACAUGGCUAACCCCGAACCAAGGUCUUACGUGCCGAAUUUGUUUCUACCCCUCACUUCAAAGAUGACGUUUCUGGAACGAGUUACUAAUACUUUGUUAUCCCAUCUAAUCAGCUUUUUGGCCACCUUUGUUCAUAAGCCAGUUAUGUAUGAUGCGGCAAAAGAGUUUUUCGGUCCCAACAUUCCAACCAUUGAGGAAAUGGAGAAAAAUCUCAGCCUCGUAAUUUACAACAACCACUUCACCUUGAACAAUCCUCGGCCCUUAAACCCUGGAGUCAUUGACGCGGGUGGAAUGCACAUCAAAGACAAAAAUGAAAAACUUCCAAAAGAUCUACAAGAAUUUAUGGACGGGGCCAAGGAUGGAAUCAUAUAUUUUUCGAUGGGGUCUUACAUUAAAGGAUCAGAAUUCCCGGAAGAAAAACUGAAAGCUCUGCUGGACGCAUUUUCUGAGCUGCCCCAACGUGUGAUUUUCAAAUGGGAAACAGAGGCAAUGCCAAACAAACCAGAUAAUGUCAAAAUUGGGAAGUGGCUUCCCCAGCAAGCUGUGCUAGCUCAUCCCAAUUUGAAGCUAUUCAUCACUCAUGGCGGACUAUUGAGCACUCAGGAGGCGGCUUAUCACGGAGUGCCACUCGUUGGAAUUCCAUUUUUCGGUGAUCAACAGUUAAACGUGGCAAAAUCAUCGCGAAUGGGCCUCGCUGUAGGAUUGGACUACAACACUUUAAAAAAGCAGACCAUAAUGAAAGCGAUCAAAACUGUCACCAAUGAACCAUCUUACUACAAAAAUGCCCAGGAUUUGAAGAAAAGGGUACGAGACCAGCCGGAAAGUCCUCUAGACCGGGCCGUGUUCUGGACCGAGUACGUGUUGCGACACAACGGUGCCCAGCAUUUGCGUACUGCGGCCACGGACAUGACCUGGUGGCAGGUUCACCUCAUCGACGUUUACGGAGCUAUUUUCGCGGUGCUAUCGGCUUUUCUUGUUUUCGAUUAUUAUGUCAUUAAGUGUUGCUGUUGUAGGAAUAAAACUAACAGCAAUAAGAAGCAAAGCGAGGCUUCGUCAACUAAAUCUAGAAACAACAAAAGAAAGGUUGCGGAUUUUGGCUUCAACACGUUGAAUGAAAACUCCAUAGCCAAGAAUGCAAACAAUCCUGCUCUUUAUUGCAGUGCGACUGCCGAUUCUCAAUCAGUUUCAACCAUGCGGCUUUGCUUGUUGGCGUUAGUUUUCUGCGUGGGCCUUUCAGCAGCCCACGGGGCCCGAAUUUUGGGCCUCUUUGGCGUUUCCGGGCAGAGCCACAACCACUUUUUCACGGCGCUGACCAAGGAGCUGGCGAACCGCGGUCACGACUUGACCAUCGUCACUGCCUUUCCAACCAAGAAAACUUCGGCCAACUAUAAAGAAAUCCCUAUCGAAUUGAUGGAGUUAUUUUCAGCUAAUUUCAACCCUCUCACUCAAACAGAAAAAGGCCCUUUGAGCAAAGCUUUUACCAUGUUAGACCUGUUCCUGAAGCUUUGUCCUGCUGUCCUGCAAAUGCCCCAAAUUAAGCCACUAUUGCAAGAAAAAUUUGACUUGGUGAUCAUUUCAACGUUCUUCAGCCAAUGCUUCCUGCCUUUCGGUUACAUCAACAGUGCCCCAAUGAUCGGCAUAAGUUCAGGAGGAAACUUGGGAAUGGGAAUGGACAUGGCUAACCCUGAGCCCAGGUCUUACGUGCCGAAUAUGUUUUUACCCCUCACCUCAAAGAUGACGUUUGCGGAACGAGUUUCCAAUACCGUGAUGUCCCAUUUAGUCGACUUCCUGGCCACUUUUUUCCUUAAACCAGCCAUGCAUGAUGCGGCAAAAGAGUUUUUCGGUCCCAACAUUCCAUCCAUCGAGGCAAUGGAGAAAAAUCUCAGCCUCGUAAUCUAUAACAAUCACUUCACUUUGAAUAACCCUCGGCCCUUGAACCCUGGAGUCGUUGAUGCAGGUGGAAUGCACAUCAAGGACAAAAAUGAAAAACUUCCAAAAGAUCUACAAGAAUUUAUGGACGGAGCCAAGGAUGGCGUGAUCUAUUUUUCGAUGGGGUCUUUUAUUCAAGGAUCCCAGUUUCCGGAAGAAAAAGUGGCUGCUCUGCUGGAUGCAUUUUCUGAGCUACCCCAACGCGUGAUUUUCAAAUGGGAAACAGAGGAAAUGCCAAACAAACCAAAUAACGUCAAAAUUGGAAAGUGGCUUCCCCAGCAAGCUGUACUAGCUCAUCCCAAUUUGAAGUUAUUCAUCACUCAUGGCGGACUAUUGAGCACUCAGGAGGCGGCUUAUCACGGAGUGCCACUCGUUGGAAUUCCAUUUUUCGGUGAUCAACAGUUAAACGUGGCAAAAUCAUCGCGAAUGGGCCUGGCCGUGGGCUUGGACUACAACAAUUUAAGCAAACAGAACAUUAUCAAUGCGAUCAAAUCUGUCAUCAACGAUCCAUCAUUCUACAAAAAUGCCCAGGAGUUGAAGACGAGGGUACGAGACCAGCCGGAAAGUCCAUUGGACAGGGCCGUGUUCUGGACCGAGUACGUGUUGCGACACAACGGUGCCCCGCAUUUGCGGACUGCGGCCACGGACAUGAGCUGGUGGCAGGUUCACCUCAUCGACGUUUACGGAGCUAUUUUCGCUGUGCUAUCGACUGUGCUUAUCUUCGAUUCUUAUCUAAUCAAGUGGUGCUGUUGUAGGAGAAAAUCAAACAGCAAUAAGAAGCAAAGCGAGACUUCUCCAUCUAAAUCAAAAAAGAGCAAAAGAAAGGCUGAGUAAGGUUUAAAUACCCCAAACAAUUGUAGACUGCGGUUAUCCAUUCUUUCUGUUUUGUAAAUAGCUGUAAAAGCAACUACAUAUUACAAACAAACAAUAUAACAAAUGUCAAAAAUAAACUGAAAUUUUAAUUUUUA